GUGACCAACAUGGAUAAUUUAGAAGAUAUUUCGGACGCUUUAUAUGAUUUUCAGAAAAAGCUUCCGAAAGAAUUUCCACCAUUGUUGAACGAAUAUUUGUGUCAUGUGGCUAAGACAGGACAGACAUUGUUUCCUUGGGAAAGAUUGAAGACAUUUCUGAGAGCCAAGUUAGAUGACGUCAUGGUAAAAUAUAACGCUGAUUUACCCUCAGACCAUUUAGUCAAUAGUCCAAAUGUUGAAAAUGCCAAGUUUGCAGAAAUGAGAGAUAGAAUUUUAGUUGCAUUUGAAAAAUUUUCUGGGGCACCUUUUACUGUUCAAAGGCUUUGUGAAUUGAUAAUAGAACCAAAAAGACACUAUAAAAGAACAGAUAAAUUCUUACGUGGAAUUGAAAAGAAUGUAUUAGUUGUAAGUACUGUUGAUCCUCUUGGAAGGAAAAUUGUUUGUGAAAGUCCAAAGAAUCUAGUGAAUGGAUUAGAUGCUAAUGGAGAGGAGGUUGUACAAACAGAAGAAAAUGUACCUGCACAGAUAGAAAACUGGGCUACAGAUGAAGUGUCUGCAUCAUGGCCUGCUGAAUCAACCAGUAAUAAUAAUAGUCAAAGUCAAACCUCUUCAUCUUCAGUUCACAAUGGAGAGGGAGAUAACUCUACUCAUCAAACAACUGACAACACACCCUCACAAUCAACAGACUCCUCAUUAAUUACCUCUCAUCCGAAAGGCGAUUCUAUUUCAUCCAAUUCAUCUUCGUUAGGGGAGGCAACUCCAACUACAUCCCAAGAUAACUUGCACACAACCAAAUUAAUUGACAAUGUGACAAACGAGACUGACAAUAACGACAAUUGUACUACAGAGCCUGUAUCCAGUAUUAGUGAAGAGAACAGUAUUCAUGUAACACCUAGUCCAGGCAAAGCAGUGGAGAUACAUGUUUCUGCUAGUGAUAUUCCUGUGGAAAUAACAACCAGUGAUAUUCGUGUAGAAAUAUCAACUAGUGAAGUCCCUGCUGUUGAUUCAGUCAGUGAUAUGUCAGACAAUGUCAUUCAAAAUCCUAUAGAAAGUGCAGCAUCUACAAAUACACAAACUGAAGAAUCAGUCACUACUACAGCAAAUAAUUCGAGCCCGUCCAGAAAUAACAGUGAUCAGCAAUCAGAAACAAGGGAAGCAACUGAUGGAGCAGUUACCUCAUCAGAAUCAGCAGACAAUCAAUCAUCAGAAACAUUACACAGUGACGACAAUAAAAACUUAGAUACUUCUAUCUCACAGUCAGAUAAUCAACCAUUUUCAGCAAAUAAUGUUCAGGAUAACUCAGCAGAUAACUUGACAUCAGACAAUGUGACAUCCUCAGACAAUGCAAGUGAUAAAAUUGGCCAUUCAGAAAAUAUGGAGUCUGACACGAAUGAAGCCUGCUCUGAACAAUCUGUGAUAACUGAGUCAGUUCAAAACUCUGAAGUUGAGUCACCAGAGGUUUCUAAUACAUCAAACAUUGAAAAGUCAUCCGAAGUUUCACGUUCGGAGGAACCAAUGGAGCAGGAUUAAUUCUAAUAUAUUUUUGGUGCAAAUUUUAGGCCAGUCAGCUUGUCUGAUAGAUUUAGAUAAAGUUCAGAUUUAUAUGGUUGGUUGAAACUAUCAGUGCUUAAAAGACAUCAGGUCAUUUUUUAACCUAAAGUGGCAAUUCUUUGUAUAUUGUAU